GGGCUAGAGUGGCAGGCAAGUCUCUUCCGGUAUCCUGUUGUGCGUCUUGUGCGAUCAGGUCCGCAAUAUUUCCCCGUUAAGAAAGGAGGCGGUGGCUACGAUGGAAGCACCUCCAGGAGACGGUGGAGGAGGCACCAGCUGCAGGCUAGAAUUUGCUGUCCAGAUGACCUGUCAGAACUGUGUGGAUGCUAUUCAGUCUUCUCUUCGGGGAAUACCAGGCCUCCAGGUGCUUCACAUCCAGCUGGAUUCACAGAUCGUGCUGGUGGAGACUAGUCUCAGCACUGAGAAGGCCCAAAGCCUUUUGGAGAGCACCGGGCGUAAGGCUGUGUUGAAAGGAAUGGGAGGUGCUGUGCCUGCAUGCUACGUGGGGAAGGGGCAGAUCUGGACUGAUGACUUGCAGAGGGCUUUUGACAUCAGGCCAAGAGGCAGAGAAUCUUUUGGUGGCGCAGCGGUGGCCAUGAUGUCUGGCUUGGUCUUGGUCCAAGGUGUGGUGAGGUUCUUGCAAGUCUCCCCACAGAGCUGCCUCAUUGAUGGCACCAUUGAUGGUCUGGAGCCCGGCCUGCACGGCCUGCACGUUCAUGAGUUUGGGGAUGUCACUGGUUCCUGUGACAGCUGCGGGGACCACUUCAAUCCUUAUGGGGAAUGUCAUGGGGGCCCUCAGGAUGUGCAUAGGCAUGCUGGGGAUCUUGGAAAUAUCUUGGCAGGUGCUGACGGGAGGGCUUCCUUCCGGAUGGAAGAUAACCAGCUAAAGGUUCACGACAUCAUAGGCCGCUCCUUGGUGGUAGACGCAGGGGAGGACGAUUUGGGCCACGGAAGCCACCCACUCUCAAAACUCACUGGAAAUUCAGGCGGGAGAGUGGCCUGUGGAAUCAUCGCACGCUCCGCUGGCCUCUUCCAGAACCCCAAGAAAAUAUGCACCUGUGAUGGAGUGACGCUUUGGGAAGAACGGGAGCGGCCUGCGGCCGGAGCAAACAAGAAGGCCGCCGGGCAGCCAACCCCUCAUCUCUAGGCUUUGCCGUUCUGCCUGACCUCUGUCUGGGCUCGGACUUCCUGAGGAUUCCCACAGUCCAGAGGGAGUUGAAUGAGGCUAACCAUAGUGGCCCACUGAGAUGGCACAGACAGGGCAGGCAUAUUUUUUAUAAAUAUACACCAGCUGUUCUUGUGGAACAGAAGGGAGCAUGACUGUUGUGCAGACUGUGCUUCUUAGAAACGUUCCACAUGUGCACACACGUUUGCCCGUUGAAUGGCACAUGCACAAUUGUUCCGGCAGUGAUCUGUGAAAGUUUUCCCUGUCGUACACACAUACCUCCGCCUCCCCAGUGUACACACUUCUUACCACUUCUCAUACAUAUGCCUUUUGCCCUCCUGUCACGGCUUGUUUAAGAGGGUUGAUUCCAUUUUCCUAAAGCUACUUUCUGUCCCUCCUAAGAGCUGUGUGUUUGGCAGAAAUUCAACAGGGGCUGUUUGUGGCAAUACAGUAAUGGUGGAAGCUUAACCUGUUGAAUGUCUAAAUGUGCAGUUCUUAAAAGGCAGGAGGGGGAAAGGUAGCAACCUACCAAGCAGUGAUCUGGCAAAGUGUCACUCAUCCUCAUUAGGCGUGUGUCAUAUCCAUUUAAUCCCUUGUCUGAAUUAGAAAAUCCUUUGUGGACAGAGAGCCUGUUGCUUUAUCGAAAAUUGUUGUUGCCCUUACGAUGUUCUUGGUGCCGUCCCUAAAUACUGCUGCUAGCACCAUGCUAGGGUGUUUUCUAAGUGCCUUAAUUUCAGACACACUUGCUUUGAUUCUAAGAAACUCCCACGUCCUACUCAGGAUAGAUCCAUUUGAAAUCAGUGACUUCAGUUAGUCAUGCCCAUUUAUACAUAGUUGGCUAUAGCCUGUUGUCUUAAUUAGUGGCGGCUGGUGGCUCUAUGUCAGUGGGGCAGUGGAAUCCGCUCUGGGUUUUAGUCUGAACUUUCAAGGAGCUGGCCUAGCCACCACUGGUCUUAACCUUCCCUAGUGUGGCAAGUUGCCACAGAGAGGAUUUCAAUGGCGCUUUGGAGGUGUUGCUGCAUCCAAUACACCCUCUCUUAACGCAACUCUUAGCUCCAGGUGUUGUUCAAUUCCUGUCAUCCCUGACCCAUCGGCCAAGGCUGGCUGGGUCUGCUGAGAGGUGUAGUCCAACAACAUCUUGAGGCGGAGGGCAUAGGCCACAAACUGGGGAAGGUAACGAAUGGAUAUGCUCUCUUUCACUUCAUGCUUAACGGGCAAAACAGUGAUACUAAUCUGGGUUAAUAGUUAUGAGUGUGAAGUUAGGUUUUUAUUGAAAUUUAUAACAAUAGUAUGGAAGCAGUGGAGGGGUGGCUUAUUGUGAAUUAAUUAAUGCAAAGCAGUGAUCCUUUUGGGUUUGUGGAUGGCUUAUGUGCUGCAACACAUGUUUUGGAUGCAUGGAGGAGAAAUACAUGACUUCUGAAAUGUGCAUACUAGUCUAGACCCUGUCGCAUUAUGCUCAACAUAUCCAUUAAAACAAAUUCUUAUUAACA